CCGAUAGGGCAAAGGAAAGCUCUACGCAUGCGCCACUCCGGAAGAGGCCACCAAAACAGCCAAAAGAACAGUCGGCCCGGGGAUCCUGGAGUGACGUCACGGCCUCCUGACUCCGGUGCGGCGCGAGGCGUCUGGCUUUUGCAGCGAAGGCGCUGAUCGCGGAGGGUGCAAAGCCGGACAGUGGUAGAAGAAUUGCCGCUCAAUUUCCGCUAUGCCCGGGUUGGUGUUCUUUGGCCGGCGUUGGGGCAUUGGAAGUGAUGAUUUUGUCUUCCCUGGAACCUUUGAAUUGUUCAUCAGAGUGACCUGGUGGAUCGGAAUUUUGGUUUUGUAUUCUAUACACAAAGGACACUUUAACUGCACCGGAAGUGUUCUGCUGAAUAACUACCUUCUCAUCCUCCUUAUCCUCUUGGCGUUCAUCGUAGCUGCUUUGUCAUCUGUUAUAUACACCAGCAUGCAAGGAACUAUUUCCAAUCCCGGUCCAAGGAAAUCCCUUCCCAAGCUUCUGUAUGUCCGUCUGGCUCUCUACGUCCCAGAGCUGGUCUGGGCUGUGGUUGGAACGGUGUGGAUAGCCAACAACCGAGCAAACUGCGAAAGAGCUAUGAUCGACGCCAUUUUGGGGACUGUUAUUGUCAGCUGGGUGAUCAUCGUCUUCACCGUGGUGGCAGUUUUCAUUUUCUUCGAUCCUCUUGGAAGGAAGUCGGUCUACCUGGCUGACUACGCCAGUCGCAAUCUGGAGAGCAGCCAGUCCGAGCAGCUGUUCUUCAACCUCAAGAAGAGGGCCACCCGCGUCUGGGAAAAAAGAAUCCGGUUGUUGUGUUGUUGCAUUAUGCAAAAUGACGAUCACCGCGUGGCUUUUACGAGCAUCGCCGAACUUUUUAGUUCCUACUUCUCGGACACCGAUUUAGUGCCAAGCGACAUAGCUGCAGGCCUAACUCUGCUUCACCAGGAGCAGGAUAAGGUCGAACAUUCAAAAGACCCGGAUGAAGUUUUAACUCAGCCCCCGUCGCCUCCUGCAGCCGAGUUGGAGGUUGAACUGGAGAACGCGGCUCAUUAUAUGAAGUUUGCAGCAGCUGCGUAUGGCUGGCCUUACUACGUCAUGGUGAAUCCUUUCACGGGCCUCUGCAAACUGAGAGGGUUCUGUUGCAGAAACAGCCCAGAGCAGACGGAGAUUAUCGGCAGUGAUUACCUUAACAUGCAUUUUGGGUCCAUCCUCCAGACCACGGGCCUGCAGAACCGAGAUUUCAUCCACAUCAGCUUACACAAUAAAAUUUUUGAGAUACCUUUCUUCGUGGCCUUGGAUCAUCAAAAAGAAGCCAUCGUGGUAGCCGUGAGAGGAACUUUAUCGUGUGAGGAUAUCCUCACGGACCUUUCGGCAGACUGCGAAAGCUUAACUCUUGAAGAUGUCCUGGAAAAUGGCCUUGUUCAUAAGGGGAUAACCCAGGCUGCCAAUUACAUUUAUAGGAGACUGGUAAACGAUGGGAUUUUGAACCAGGCGCUCGGCAUCGCACCUGAAUAUAAAUUGGUGGUGGCUGGCCACAGCUUAGGAGGGGGCGUUGCCUCCAUCUUGUCCAUCAUGCUCAGAAACUCUUUUCCCAACCUGAGAUGUUACGCUUUUUCUCCACCUGGAGGUUUAUUGAGCAAAUCCCUCGCAGACUACACAAAGCAGUUUAUUGUGUCAGUCAUUGUGGGAAAGGACAUCAUUCCCAGAUUAAGCAUGCUCAAUUUGGAAGAGCUGAAAAAGAGAAUCGUUAGAAUAGUUGCCAACUGUAACAAACCCAAGUACCAGAUUCUCUUGCAUGGAUGCUGGUACGAAGUUUUUGGAGGAAAACCUGAUAACUUUCCGACAGAACUGGACCGCAGGAAUCAGGAUGCUUUGACCCAGCCUCUCCUCGCCGAAGAGAACUUGAUGGCCCAGCAGUCGCCUUUGUACACAAGUUUGGAUGACAAUUCCCCUUUGGGAUCCAGCCCUCAGUAUCCUCAAUUGUUUCUCCCUGGGAAAGUCAUCCACAUCGUCGAAGAACACAGCACAAAAGGUUGGUGCUUUUCUGAAGUCAAGUAUUCAGCCAACUGGUCCAGAGAAACUGCCUUUGGUAGUAUUUUAAUCAGCCCCAAGAUGAUCACCGAUCAUUGGCCCGAUACAGUCCUCAGAGCUCUCCAAAGCUUGGUCCAAAGCGAUACAUCUUGCAUUUCGUGCCGAUCACAAGGUGAAGCUUUCUGAAUGUUGUAUUGAUGGCAGAGACUGGACAAGCACAACCGGACUGUCCCCAGGUGUUCACAAGAACAGCCUUUAGAAGUUCAGCUGCUUGUGUCUAAAGCAGAAACCAGAGCAAGACCUUCAGAUGUUUCUGGAUGACCAGAUUCGGUUGGAGUAACGUCUUCUGGACUGCUUGUAACGGAUUGAGAUGUUUCGUAUUGUUAGAUGUGAUUUCAUGGAAGUUUUAAUCGGUCACAUCUGCCCGGGGACUGCUGUUGACUGAGAAGAACCCAACUGAUGGAAAGUGAUGGUUGAUGUGCUCCUGAAGACCUUUUAGAUCCAUCUGAUCUGUUACAAGUUUUUCUAAGCACACGAUGUGCCAUCAAACCAAUUCCCUGUGGCUUAGUGACAUCUGACCGCAGGGUUAUGACUUACUUGUAAAUGUGUAAAUCAGGAGUGUUGGUGAGAAUUAACUUCAAGUCAUCGCCUAGUUGGCUAUGAUUCUCAUGUUUCUGCUGAUGAUCAGAAAUGUCUUGGGUUUUCUUUCUUCUUGAAAGAAGAAUAUUUUAGAUCUAUUCUUGGAUAUCUGUGCAAUUAUGUCCAUUUUUGUUUACAGUUCUUUAAGACUGCUGAAUGUGCAAUUAAUUAUAGAAAAUGUAAAAGCCACUGUCUUUGGUUGGUGUUAGCACAAACCAGAAAGAUCAUUUUAGCUCUGUAUCAAGAUUGUGUAAUUUUUUUGAGGGGGGAGGGGGGAGAAACAAUCCUUGCUUACUCUAUAGAGCUGGUAAGGUUUUGCAUGAUUGUCUAGAAACAAAUCCAGAUCAAGUUGAUUAGAGGAUUCUUCAAAACUAAUUGCUGUCCUAAUGGUGGUUGGUGAGGAACGGUACUUUUUUUGGUGAUGCUUUUUGAUAGCCUAUUUCUCCUUCUGCUAGAGCAGUGUUUCUCAACCUUGACAAUUUUAAGGCAUAUGGACUUCAAUUCCCAGAAUUCCAGCUGGCUGUGGAAUUCUGGGAGUUGAAGUCCACAUGCCUUAAAACUGUCAAGGUUGAGAAACACUGUUCUAGUAGAUCUUAUUUUCAAUGCAUUCGCUUCCUGGAGAGAAAGUCUGCCAAUCAAGGAACGUACAUGGUAUUAAAAACAAAAUGUAUUUCUGAUCGGGAAGUGAACUAAAUUUGAAUUUGGCCUUCCUUUUUUAACCUCAUUCUGGUUUCAGUGGCAAAUAAGAAGCAGGUCAGUAAUGGGCUUAAGAAAAAAUAAAACCAUUUUGAGUACAGGUAUCCCUUGACUUAACAACUGGGACCAACAUUUCUGUUUGCUAAGCAAGGCGGUUGAGUUGUGCCCAAUUUUACAAUCAUUUGGCCACGGUUAAGCCACGGUUGUGAAGUGAAUAAUGUCAUUAAGCAAAUCAGGCUUCCCCCAUUGCUUUUUUUGUUGGAAGGCAGCUGGGAAAAUCACAAAUGGCAACUGCCCUAAAUCUACAACAAUUGCUAAGCACCCCAGUUUUGAUUACGUGACUGGGAAUGCUGCAAUGGUUAAGUGCAUGGACCCCUUUUAAUUACUUUUUCCAGUGCCGCUGGCCUUUGGUUGCUAAGCAAAUUGGUUGUAAGUCAAGGUCCACCUUUAAAGCCAAGACAUAAACUUGACUGGGGGUUUUUUGUAUUAAUUUUAUCUACCAUUACUCAUGCUAUACACGAGUGUUAUGUGCUCAGUUCGCACUGGGCAAUUUUAAAGGAGGGUGUCUCACAAAAGAGGGGGUCACUCUCCCCUCCAAAAUGAGUCAAAUAUCUCCAUGUCAGCUCCCUAAAGCUCACCGUUGUCAUUUUUGGCUCCAUAAGCAGUGUUCCUGUAUAAAAUCAACCUUGUUGGAAGAAUAGAUAAAAAAGUGAUGCUCUGGACUUUAUCCUUGUUUGUGCUGCAAACGCACAAGGUAAAAUUAUGGAAGAAAUGAGGACUGCUAGUCUAAGAAGCAUCAUCAUCUAUAGAUAACCAGCUGGUAUUUCCCCCAUUAAAAAUAAGUUUUCCACCUGA